ACCGCUCAGUACAUCAGGAGAUCCAAGAGUUCCUGAAGUCAGAGAACAGAUCAGAGAAGCAACUCUCUGUGUUCCAGUGCUCAGCUCUGGCCUACAUGCUGCAGAUGUCAGAGGAGGUUCUGGAUGAGUUUGACCUGGAGAAGUACAACACAUCAGAGGAGGGAAAACGGAGACUGAUCCCAGCUGUGAGGAACUGCAGAAAGGCUCGACUUGUUAAAUGUGGACUCUCAGAGACUCACUGUGAAGUUGUGGCCUCAGCUCUGAAGUGCAACCCCUCCCAUCUCAGAGACCUGGACCUGAGUAAAAACAACCUGCAGGAUUCAGCAGUGAAGUGUCUGUCUGCUGGACUGGAGAGUCCAAACUGUAGACUGGAGACUCUGAGAUUGAACAACUGCAGUUUGUCAGAGAUCAGCUGUGCUUCUGUGGUCUCAGCUCUGAAGUGCAACCCCUCCCAUCUCAGAGAGCUGGAUCUGGGAUGGAACAUGCUGCAGGAUUCAGCAGAGAAGCUACUGUGUGAUCUUCUGGAGAUUCCAGACUGUAGACUGAAGACGCUGAGAGGUUACUUGUUGUAA